AUGAGUAACUCACCAAAUGGAAGCACUCAUUCAGCCUCCGGUCGCGAUAAUCCAGCCGGAAAUUCACCCUCGACAAUGAUCAACCGGCGAAACAGUCGAGAAAGUCCAAUGCCAUUCUACGAAAUUCCUUCAUGGGUUGAAAACGUACCAUCGAAGAUAAUUAAUGAUGCAAAGCAAUCGUUAAGAGAGAUGCCAACAACACGUCCGUAUACACCACGGGAUGAUUCAAGAUAUACGUUAGGUAAACUUAACCAUGAACCGACUUCACUCAGCAUUGCAUCCACUGAUUAUGAGACAGAAUCACGACCAGCAUCAAGUCGGCCGACAGAGGUACAACGACGAGCGGCAAAAGGAUUAUCUGCUGGAUUACCCGAUCCUGUUGCUCCGAUUGUACCGACACGACUUUCAAAACUGAAUCGUCAACCUUCACAAGAUGAAACACCUUCCAAUGGAUCGAAAGCGAUUGUUCAACCGAAAUUCCGUGCAACUCAAAAUAAUCGACCUGCACAAAAUGAAGCAAGUUCAAAUGGAACAAAUACAACUGCUCAAACAAAACCUCCUCUACCUGCAAAUCAUGAACGAUCGUCAGCUUCGUCAUCUGCCUCAUCCCAACAUCGAAACUCCCAGUCAUCAAAAGAUGAAUCAUCCGACGAUAAUCUUAUCUGGAAACACGAAAUCGAUCCAUUAAUUGAAACAAUGAUCACUGCCUAUAAAAAAAAUCAUUACGAACAAUAUGAUCAAACUUGCAACGAUUUAUACAAAGCUUUAUUAGAACAUAAUUUCUUUACAAAGAAAAACAAUAAAAAACGUGGAGAGUUGCUGAAAACAUUAUUCAGUUUCAUCGGAUCGGAUAAUUCAAUAAUUAAAUUUCAUGUUGCUCGUCUCAGUCUCGCUUUUCAAGUGAGCAGUACCAAUAAUCUACGAAACAUCAUACGUGUUAUAGCUGAUCUAAGUUCAAAUAAAGAAAAUGAUCAUUUCUUUCUGGAAACAAACAUUAUUGAUCUUCUCUUUGAUACCAUUGAACGUAUUGAUACGCAGCAAAAUCUCGAAUCAACGACAUAUUUCUGUACAGCACUAAAAAAUCUAACUGUGAACAAUGAAUUAAUCGGUUUAAUAUCUCAGAAGAAUCCAUUUCCUUUAUUAGACGCAAUACUGAAAAAUCUUCUUCAGUUAAAAGAUCAAACAGAUCUUCAUCCACAAUUACGCGAUUGUCUAAUCUCAUUAACUGAUGGACUGAGAAAUCUAGCAGAAAAUGAUAUCAAUCGUCGUGAAUUUCUAACCUAUGAUAUUAUUAAUCAUUUGACGUUUAUAUUGAAAUAUUUUACAGAUAAAUCUCAUGGAGAUUUAAUGAAGAAUGUCGCACGAAUAUUGAGUAAAUUAACUCAACACACCGAUUGUUGUUUGAAACUUGUGCAAUGUUCAUCAUGUUAUCGAUCAUUUCUCAAAAUACUUAUUAAACAUGAAAGUAACCAGCCGUUGAUCGUUCGUGUUUGCUUUAUUCUUGGUAAUAUGAUGGCUAAAAGUGAAGACGCACGAGUGACAUUCAUGAAAGAUUCUCAUGCACUGCAAACUCUGACUAAACUUCUACAUUCGUACAUUCAACUUGAUUCAUUAGUUUUAAAACCGGAAAAACUUGAUAAUGACGAGGCAACCAAUCAGGACAUGGACAAUGUUGAUGAUGCGAAUCUAAAUCAAUUUCGUUCGAUUGAAAAUGUUAUUAAUAAAGUGAUUCGUGUGUUGAGUAACCUGGCCAUUGCACAAGAAAAUGGUUUGAUUAUCAUACGACGUGAUGAUUGUAUCGAUCUGCUAUUUAAACUUCUUAAAACUCCAAGUCAACAUAGUGAAGAACUACUGGUUCAUGUGUUAAUGGCUUUGAAUAAUUUGUCAUAUUACGAUGAUCCGCAAAGUUAUAUCAUUCGCCAUGCUGAUACAUUGGCUCAAUUAUUGGUUAAAUAUAUUCGAAAUGAAGAGAAAAUGGAUUGUGUGGUGGAAGCAUUUCGUGUUCUGGGAAAUCUGUCAAGAGCGAAGAGAAUUCGAGAUAUUUUAAUGAAGUGUAAAGUUGAUCGUUUGGCUAUUCAUCACUGCCGAUCGGAUAAUAUCGAAUUAUUGUACGCAGUGAUCGGAGUUUUAAUUAAUUUAACAGUCGAUGAAGACAAAAGAGAAUGUUUGAAAAUCUAUGAUGGAAUCGACAGUUUGAUAAAUAUUUUCGAAUAUUCGAUUCAAUCUGAUUGGCAAUUGGCAAGUCUUGUUUGUAAAGCCUUAUGGAACUAUUGUGAUAAUAAUUAUGAGAAAAAGGAUAAUCAAUGGCUUUGGUUUACUGACGAACAACUUAAAAUCUUAUUCAAUCUUUUCGAUGAGUCUCUUCAUGAAAGUAGUCUUGAAUCAACAGAUGAUACAGAUUUAGAUGAAUUGAAUAAACAAUUGUGGAGUGAAGAAUAUUUUCCUGUUGCAUCACGAUUAUAUCAACGUUUAGUAGACGAAAACAAAUAUUUUCAAACCAAUCAAACCUAA